CUGCUGCCGGCGACAGCUACCGCGGUACUGGUAUUGGACUGAGGACUCGAUCGGAAGCAGAAAGCAGAGAAACUCACGACCACCCUCUGUCGCCACUUCAUCGUCAAGAGCAGUAAAAUGAAUCACCUUGGCCAUGAAAAGGGCGAGGAUGUCGAGGAAGGGUUCAAUAUUCUUGAUGUUGUAGCUGCCAGAUGCCGGGGCGAAAGUGAUGCCAAGCUACUCGGAGUUGAGUCGAGUGAAGAUGUUGUAGAAGAAUGGCAAAAGCAAGACAAGGAACAACCACUCGCACAGGAAGGACAGACCAAACCACACAAAAAUGAAAGGACUGAUGGACUAGAAGAGAACGCCGCAGCCGCGAAGGAAGUCAUAGAACAGCGACAGAAUCGAAUCGAAAGUACUGAAGGAAAAGAAGAGAACGACAUGGCCGUGAAGGAAGCCAUAGAACAGCAAGAGAAUUUUCUACUAGGCAUCAGCGGACCACAGCAGCCGCCAUUGGCAUCGACGAACGAUCCAGAGGAUCAGCAGCCGGGGGCCUAUUCGGUGUCACGAUGUAGUGACGGAUCGAGUCCUUAUGGCAGCCAUAAUAUCGAAGCCCGCGGUGGCCCUGCAAUACUUUCUGGUAAUUCCGGGGAUUUUUGUGAAGAAGAAAUCGAAGCCGAAGAAACACCCGCAACACUUUGUGGUAAUUCCGGCGAUGCUGACCACGGGAUUUCUAGCGUUGCAGAAGUUGGUUUCGGUUUGGCGGUAGCCAACCAAGUAGAAGAACAUGAAGAACCCACGCAGGUUGCUAUACCUGAUGAACUUUCCAAAGACAAGAGAUCUCCUUCUCCAUCUUUACUGAUUCUUACUCUCCUGGGUGGCAUUCUCAUUGUUGGCAUAGCGGUUGGUUCCAUCUGUGGAGCUGGUCUCUGUAGCAACAAAGAUGGUGAUGUGGAGACUCAAGCUCCCACUUCCUUUCGAUAUUUUGUUUUGGAGGAUGUUCGAAACAGAAUUGAAGAGGAUUUUGGAGCUGAUUAUUUUCAAAGAAAUAAUGGUACUAGUAGAGAGGAGCUGGAGUGGAUACACCCAAGGAACAAAGCACUGGAAUGGAUUGUAUUUGAGGAUCCUCUGCAGCUUGACCCAGAUGCCAGCAAUCUUCUACAGAGGUUCAUCUUGGCAUUGACUUAUUUUCAGACAGCCCAAGAGAGCGAUUGGCUAAUUUGUGGGCAAUCGACAACGGCAGAGGAUGUGCUGUGCUGGAAGGAAAUCCAGGGCGAGUCAAGAUGGCUCACAGGGUUUCAUGAAUGCCAAUGGGCUUUUGUUUUCUGCGACGGAGAGAAGAACAUAACUCAGUUGGAACUUGAGGAAAAUGGAUUGAAUGGCUUGUUGCCCACAGAACUGGCCAGACUUUCAGCACUGGAACGCUUGGACUUUCAUGGGAACCAACUGACAGGAACUGUUCCAAGUGUAUAUGGCAGCUUUCCUUACCUUUCGAAACUUUAUCUGGAUCACAAUGAUCUAUCCGGAACAAUUCCAUCUGAAUUGUUCGGAUCCCCACUUUCCCAAAUACUUUUGACAAACAACACGUUGACAGGGACAGUGCCCACAGAAAUUGGACUCUUUGAAGGAUCACGUUUGCUUUUGGGCUCAAACAGCUUGUCAGGCUCUAUCCCUGUAGAGAUCUUUCGGCCUGGGACCGGAGUUUUUCUCAGUCUUGAUUUUGCUGACAACAAGCUCACAGGAACUCUGCCCACUGAAAUUGCAGCAUUGCAUGGACUUCAUCAAGUCUUCCUCCAUUUGCAAGGUAACCCUUUGAGCGGAACCAUUCCAUCGGAAAUAGGACUUCUGGAAGGCUCCCUCAGAGAGCUCGAUAUCAGUCGGACCAACAUGGAUGGCACCCUACCAGAGGAACUCUUCGCCAGUUGUACCAACUUAGUUGCACUUCUUGCCUCCAACAGUGGCUUGACUGGGACAAUCAGCAGUGGACUGCAGCUUCUGACACAACUAGCUUCGUUUGAUAUAUCAAACAACAAGUUUCAUGGCACCAUCCCUGAGCAGCUCUCUUCACUGAAAGGACUGCAGCAUUUCCUUGUGGAUAGGAAUGACCUUUCUGGUUCCAUUCCGUCAUCUAUCUGCUUUCUGGCGGAUCCUUUAAAGGAGGAAUUUGAAGUGGCAGCUGACUGUUUGCCAUGGAAAGGAACAGGCAAUCCCAUGGUAGAGUGCUCUUGUUGUACUCUGUGUUGUGAUGGUGGUGAUGUUGACUACUGCCUGUCCCAGCAUACAUAGUGCGCUGAGUUAUCAUUCAUCAUCCAUGGAUUACAUCUUGAAUCGAAAAGUUAUGUGGCUCUACGCCGGCUUUGUCCACAGGAAAUUGCAAGAGGGGGUCCAAAAUAGCGCUUGUUAGGAUCACACAAGUUGUCGAGAUUAUAUUAUGCUAUUACGCAACCGUUCCCCGAUGUUACGUGCUUACGCUACACAUGGGCUCGCCCUAAUACAUGUACGGCUGGAAAAUUGUCGAUUGUGACCUGGCUAGAGCUACCGCUAUCGUUCUUGGUGGCAUUAGCCCGUCAUAAGGGAUCUAUAGCUUGGGCAAUAAGUGAGGCUUGGCUUUGGCAAAGUACUGCAGUGCUGCUCGUGCCACCUCGGCCCCGGCCUGUUCUUGGACAAAGUGUCCCACUUGCGGCAGGCUUAGUGGCGGACCACAUCCACGCACGCACGACGCCAAUCGGUUCAUGAGGGCGGGUGGAAUGACUCGGUCCCUGGCUCCCACGGCCAAAAAGGUGGGACCCGCCCAUUGAUGUUGCCAAAACUGCAAGGCGGCUCGACCCAUGGCAUACCCAUCUUGUGUGGGUGAGAAUGGCACGAGCUUGGUGAAAACAUUGACUCCCGCCUUGUAGGCGGCUGAAGGAUAGGGAGCAUUGUAGGCCGCCACCGUCUCGGGCGACAAUUGUUUGCGACAAGUGAGAUGAAUCAAAUCUCCCACGUUCCAAUCGUCACUGGAUUGCGAAAAGGCAUGCCAGGCUCCAAAUCCAGUCGUUCUUUGAUCCUGUUGUAACAACAAAUCCCUGGCCAUCAUGGUCGAUUCGGGUUCGAUGGGGAGCAUAGCGUUCAUGAGGACGAGUCGAGAAUAUCGCUGUGGCGCUUCCAAGGGCAAUGUCAACCCCAAAAUUCCACCCCAAUCUUGUACUACCAACGUGACAUUGGUGAGAUUGAGGUGUUGUUCAAUGAUGCUCAGCAGCAUGGCGCGAUGCAAGGAAUACGAAUAAUCUUCUUGGCGGAUGGGUUUGUCAGACCGUCCAAAGCCCAUCAUAUCCACACAAAGAACUCGUCCAGCUGUUUGGAAGACUGGAAUCAUGUGGCGAUACAGAUACGACCAGGUAGGUUCGCCAUGGAGACACAAAAAGACGGGACCAUUCUCAUCCUCUGUCAAGGCAGGAAUAUCGUAGUAGCACAGUCGAAGUCCAGUGCCCAGCACAUCAUCGACAUACUGGGGUGGAUAAGGGAAAUCCGUAAUGCCAUCAAAGCAGCUCUCUGGAGUCCGAAGGGCUUCGAUCUUCAUGGUGAUGUCCAAUAUGGUUGUGCUGCGAGAUUGUUGUACCGCGAUGGGUGGAAAAUCAAUCUGAAGGAUCUUGCGAUCUUGCACAAAGAGUCAAAGCAUUAAGCCACACUUCAGAAGUACAAAGAAUUAAGGUACGUGUAGAUGAGUUGUAAUCAAAGGCUCAUCUAGAAGUCGUCAGAGACUUAACGACAGACUUAGCAAGGGGAGCGCGGGCGCAACACUAUUCAUCCGCGGUAAAAAGCCUCUAACGAUACUAGCGUCAUUGGAUGUGGCUUUGGCUGGACUCGUGCACUUGCUAGAGUUCCACCCUCCGUCACCCAUGUUUCUUCGGUUGGUUGCUACAUGUUGGUUCCUUGGUUGGUUCCUUUUCAGGAGUCGAGUCAGUUCAUCACAAAAUAAACGAAUGAUUCAAUCACUGUGCAUACUGACUAAUGCAGCGACUAGUACUAACUUUUAAAAACACAAAGUCUACCGCCCACUGCCAUUCAUACAAGAACACCCACAUCCACAUAGAACCCCAG